CUGUCAAAAUCAGCUGUAAAUAUUUAUUCCCAAACAUUUCUAUUUUGUGAUGGGACUAAUAGUAUUUACUCAUCAGUCGAAGAUUAUUCAAGGUAUCAAUAUACACACGUGUUGCACUCAUUUCGAGAAUAAUCCAUGAAGAAUAAUAAAAAUCUUGUAGGAAGAUUGCAUUAAAAUUAUUCAAGAAUUAACAGUAGUCAUACCCCCAUUGGGAUAGAUAAUGACAUAUAUAUUAUAAAUAAACUUCAAUAACAUUCAUUUCCUGUGGACAUAUCAAAAUCAAAUAUCUAGUUUUUUGUAAAAAUGGCUUUCAAAAUGAGCUAUUCCUUUGAAGGAAACUCUAAAAGUAGACCAGAGCAGAAUUUGUCAGGAUCAAGUAAAAAAUUGAGUAAGGAAUCACUUUUGCAGAAAACCCAUGAAGAGAGAAGAAAAAGACAAGAACAAAGGUUGAAGCUACAAAGCACGCAAAUCCUUCAGUCUCAUAUUCGAAGCUGGAUUGUGAGAAAACACAAAAAAGAUGAAGAAAGGCAGCUCUUUACCCAAUUGGAAAAUACUGCAUCGAAUCGAGUAUUACUUUCCAAGCUGUUGUUCUUUUACGAUGCCAAAACGGACAAAGAUAAAUUGUUUCGAUUAGCCAGUGUCAUAUGCAACUGUCAUACAGAAUUAUUAGGAUAUAUAAAUGGUGAUGCCUCCUUUUCUUGGUUGAUUAAAAGAUAUCUUGUUCUUUGCCUCAAAACAUUGAACGAACAUGAAGAUAAUGCAGUGUUGAUGAAGUCUUUAUACAUUUUCACCACUAAUGCUUGUACAUUCGAGUAUCUGAUAAGAAAAGGGUAUUAUACAUUUCUAAGGAAACAAUUGGAUACUGAACAUCAGUGUUUAGAAGAAAUUAUUAUUCUUAUACAAAAACCAUUCAGAUACCUUGGUGAGUCAGACGCUUUGAACGACUUAUGCCUGUCAGGGUUUACUUCAAAUUUUUUGAACAGCACGCUAUCUCACAAUGUCAAAAAUGUUCUGAUUCCUCAUCUGAAGAACAACAGCAAAGAUUUACCAUUCGACCAAUUGCUGAAACAUUUGAAUAGUGGUUUUCAUUUUGACAAGAGUCCCAGCUUAUUUUACAGUAUUUUAGCAUUGGAGCCAGAUGAUUAUGAACCAAAUUGUGAUAGUGUUCAAGUUCUCUCAAAACUCAGUCGUAACAUUCAUCAAUUGAGACCGUCAUCUGAUUUAACGAAAGAAGAUAGCGACGAUGAAGAAGAAGAAGAAGAGCUAGUAACUGAGCAGCGAUUGUUGCUUUCCGACUACUUACUCAACUUGAACAGAUAUGGGAGGGUGAAGAAAUUGUUAACCUUUUUUGAACAGCACUGUAAUGAUGAAGAGGUUCCGAUGGCAUUCACAGUGUUAUGUCAUAAUUUGUUGUUGGUCUAUAAGGAUUCAAUGAAGAAGUAUCUUUGCAACAAGAAUUCGGAUACAAGUGAAACUUUCUCAAAAAAAGACCUGUAUUCGAUGUCAGUAUUGCUCAAGAACGUAGCGCGGGAGCUCAUUAAAAUAACUUUUCCUAUGUCUCGAUCGUGUGCUGUUCAGUCUACUCCAGAAGUUGUCCAUUUGUAUAAGGCGUGUUUCAAUUCUGUGAGAGUUUUAUAUAUGUUGGACUUGAGGAAGCAGUUUUGUCCAGCAGGAUUCUGGACCUCUGAAAAAAUUCAUAUACCUGCAGAUUUGUCUAGGAAAAACUAUUUUUCGAGUACACUUCAUUCAUUCCAUGGAUCUACAGACGGAAGAGAAGAUGAAGAACAACUGCCUCCUCUUUCGACCAUAGAACAACGUUCCUUGGCCAUUCUCGAAGAGCUGCCUUUCCUGAUAAACUUCAACACGAGAGUAUUAUUCUUGCGUGAUUUAUGCAGAAACAGCUUAGGCCCCUACGAUUACUACAGACAUCAUAGUGAGUUGCUCCACGACAACGUCAUAGUCAUUCGUAGAACACACAUUUACGAGGAUGCUUUCGAAAAAAUUUCAAAUAAAAGUGAAUUGGACUUGAAACACAAAGUACGGAUACAGUUCAUCAACAGCGUGGGUUUGGAGGAAGCAGGUAUCGAUGGUGGUGGAAUUUUCAAAGAGUUCAUAAACGAGGUCCUGAAGACGGCUUUCGAUCCGAACAGGGGAUUUUUCUUGUUGACUGCUGAUAACACAUUGUAUCCGAACCCUAAUGUUCACCUCAUAGUCAACAAUUUCACCGAUCACUACUACUUUAUUGGCAGGCUUGUAGGGAAAGCUAUUUUCGAAAACAUUCUGGUCGAUCUGCCGUUGGCGGAAUUUUUUUUGGCCAAGUUGCUAGUGGACCGAGCUCCCGCCCACUAUUUAAAGUCGCUGGAUCCGGUUUUGUACAGAAAUUUACUAUAUAUGCGGGACUUCAACGGAGAUAUCACCGAUUUGGGACUCGAUUUCACUACAGUUAAUAACGACUUGGGAGAAACCAGAAUCAUGGAGUUGAAACCCAAUGGAGCAGACAUUCCUGUGACGAAUGAGAAUCGGUUGGAGUACAUCCAAAGGCUGGCCGAUCUCAAAUUGAAUAGACAAUUGAAAAAACAAUGCACGGCUUUUCGAAACGGGCUCAACAGCGUCGUUCCUUUGCCGUGGUUGAAACUAUUCAGCCACAAGGAGUUACAAGUUAUUAUAGGCGGGGAUACCCAAGAAAUUGAUCUCAGCGAUUUGUUUGCACACACCGUAUACGGAGGUGAAUUCGGACCGGACCACCCCACUAUAGUACUGUUUUGGAAGAUUUUGCAUAAAUUUACUGCUGUUCAGAAAAAACAGUUACUGAAAUUUGUGACAAGCUGCUCAAGACCACCGUUAUUGGGAUUCAAG